UGUCCAGUUAUACAGUGUAGGCGACUCGUUGGCCCGCGCACAACGUCGCCGAGACGAAAAGAAGUGUCGGUGUAACGGUAUAGCCCAAUAACGGCCCACGUAUGUACAUACACAUGUACUAUAUGUAAAUGUAAGCGCAUACAGAAAAUCGAUUUGGAGGCAAAUUUUGCAAAAUUGUUAACGGUGCAAUGGUCGGACUAUUGAAUCCAAUGAAAUAUGGCGAUCAUUUCUAUGAAUUGUACACCAGCAACACACGCAGAAAGUUGCAAAAUGAGCGGAAGGCGCUCACGAAGCGAAAGAGCCGCAAGGAGAAAUCGGCAGCGGCAUUGGCAGCCGUUGCUGCAGCCGCUGUGCUGGAUGGCAACGGUGGAGGGGCCGGUGCUGGCAUAGUGAAUCCCUUGGAUCCACCAUUAAUUAAGGAUCAGCUGCUUCUGAUGCCAGCGUUUCCCGUUGCGCACAUCGAGCUUGAUCCGAAUGCAUCAAAAUUUGCCGUAUUCUCAGCGAUACGCUCCACUGUGCUGGAGGCAGAGACGCGCUUUGCGCUCUUUCACGAGGGCAACGGACAUGCGGCCAUGUCAGCCGCAUCGGCGAUCAAGAAAUGGAGCGGCAAUAUGGGUUCCUCAUGCUGCCUCGUUUGCGCCGGCAGUUGCAUGGUCAGCAACCUGGUCGAUUGUGCCUGCCAUGCGCCGCUCGCAAUGGGUGGCGGCGGCGGUGGUGGCGCUGCCGGAGCAGCUGGUGCCGCUGGCGGUGCAGCAGCAGUUGCUGGCGCAGCUGGCCCAGCGGACAAACGGACGACGAACAGCGCCAAUAGCGAUGCCGACUCGGACACGGAGGAGCCCGAAGAACGUGAACCGGUCUAUGCCACGGUGCCGCUCAUUGUCGGCGCCGGGCUGCGCAGUCUUUUCGAGCUGAUCGCGGACGCACGUCACAUUCAGCCACUGUUGUGCACCAAGGCGCUGAAAGCACUACUCGAUGUUAUUCAAGGCCAGCAGCCGGAAUCGUUUAAGCUUGAACCGGAAGACCUUAUCAAUCCGCUUUACGAUCUACUGCUCGAUCUGGCCACUAUGCCGGCGGCAAUAAGCUCCACAACCGGUGCCGAGGCCAAUUGGUCGGCGAUGGCCUGUGCGGCUCUAAUUGGCCUCUGCAUUGCCCGCGGCGACACUGGCAAAAUGCUAAAAGCCAUUGCCGCCAUGCUCAUGUCGCCCAGGCAGCUAUCGGCCCAGAUUGUUCAGCUGCCCGCUGUGCUGGCGGCACUGCAGCAUACGGUCGUCAGUGCGGCGCUCAAUAAACCAACGCGUCCCGAUUUUCACAGUCAUGGCGUGCCACACAAUUCACUGAUUGAUGAGUUCGCUUUGAAGCUGCCAAUGAUGACAACUGCGCAGCAGCAAAUGGCGCCAGCAAUGGCCUGCGAUGGCGUCUUUGUCUACGUGCUGUAUUGCGGUGCACUGUUAAAGAUUGGCACUGGCUUCGGCGGCUCCUACAAGGGACACAUCUAUGCACAGAAUGAGGACUUCAGUCGCGAGCGCAACGCUUGGCUGGGUUACAGUGCCGGUCAAGUGUAUUUCCGGCGCAAUUGCAAGCGAAGCGCCGAUCAGCUGCAGUUGGUGGGCAUGGAUACGCUGGCGGUGAAAUCAAUGAAUCCCCUCAAUAUGCUCUCCAUGCGCGAGGGACUUAACUACGUACUCUUCACGGACGAUGAUUCACUACAUGCCAUCUGCAGUAAUCGGGAUGACACUCUGGUGGUCAAGAAGCUGAAUCUAUACCACAAUAGCUACAGCAGUGAACCGCCCCCGUUUGAGCUGCCGCUGCAGCUGGCACGCAAAAAGUUUCGCACACUGGGCUAUGCGGCGUUCGAGGAUGAGCUGCUGAAUCAGCAACAGAUCCAGCGCAUCCAGUCGGCGCACAAUAUAUUUGAGCCAAAGCUACCGGCGCCGUGUCGCGAUGCCGAUGUGCUCGGCCUGGCCUGCGGCAAGGACUUUGGACUGGUGCGUGCCAGCAAUGGGCGUGUUUACUACUAUGGCAAAUCGGCGGCGCUGGGACUGAAAUGUGUGGGUCGCACUCCCACGCUGAAACUGACCGAACUGAUUGUUUCAAAGGCGGCGCAUAUUGUUCAUGUGGCCGUUGGACACGAUGGCGUUCAUGCGCUGCUCGUCAACGAUGAUGGCACCGUCUACUUUGCGGGCACGGCGCGACGCGGUGAGGAUGGCGACAGUUCCAAGAAUCGACGACAGCCCAAACCGGUGAAGCCCAAAAAGAUGACCAAAAUCGAUGGGCAUGUUGUGGUGCAUGCCGCGUGUAACAAUGGCACCUCCGCCUUUGUGACGAAAACGGGCAAACUGAUAAUGUACGGCAAGGAUACGGCCCAUUGCGAUUCGAUGGGCUUUGUCACCGAUCUUCUCGAUCAGCAUGUGACCAAAGUGGCGCUGGGCAAGGCGCACUGCGUCGCUCUGAGUGCCAAGGGGCAGGUGUUCACAUUUGGGCUGAACAACAAGGGUCAAUGCGGUCGUGUCUUCAACAAAAUGUUGCCCGUCCGCGAUGUGCCAAGCUCGUCGUCGGCGUAUGCGCUGCUCAGCAUGCAUGUGGACAAGCUGCGCCACAAAGUGGACUUCUCAUCGCUGUGCGACUACGACGAUCACAAUCUGGUGCAGGGGCAGUGUCGCGUCUGCAUCAUGUGCCGCGAAUGCACCGGCUACAAUGUCAGCUGUGUCUCCGCUCUCAAUGUGCCUCUCGAGCAGCGUCUGCCCGGCAGCAUUUGCCCCUGCGGACACGGCGAUGCUGGCUGUGCCAAGUGCGGCCUGUGCUCCGCCUGCGUCGCGCUGCAGGAGAGCGAAAUAAUUGCUGCCGAUGCCAAAGCGGAGCUGAAACCGCUACCAGGUGAAUUGGUGCGUCAGCAGCGUUCCAAGACGCUGAUUAUGCGACGAAAGGAGAAGAAACCAUCGGAGCUGGAGACUGGUGCCGCUGGUUGCACUGGUGGCGGCGGCACACCCACCGAUCUGGAGAAGGAUCCACCGCGUGUGGCACCGCUGGCGCCACAGUCGCUGCAACUGCCGAGCAGCUCACCGGUAGUGCAAGUGGCAUGCGGCCUGCACCACACCGUGGUACUAACGCUCUCCGGCGAGGUCUUCACAUUUGGUAGCAAUCAAUACGGCCAGCUGGGCAGUGGAGAUCUACAGGCGGUCACCGGACCAAUACGCGUUCAAGUGCAGGGUGCCAUUAGCCAGGUGGCUGCCGGCAGCAAUCACACGGUGCUGCUCACUCACAAGGGCGUGGUCUACACGUUCGGCAACUAUCAGAAGGGUCAGCUGGGUCGCUUGCCCAGCGACUUUGGUCAGAAGCCAACCCUCUCAAGCGUCGCUGCUCAGCAACAGGACCAACAGCACCAGCAGCACCAACAGCAACACCAACAAGAGGAUGCAGAUUCUCCACCGGAAGCAGUCUGCCUGCCCGGUGGCUCCAAGGAGUGUAUUCUUGUACCGCCCAAUACGGCUGCUUUAAUUGCGCAGCGUCAGAAAUUUUUAUGGAACUGUGGGCCCAGCGCCGUCUUCGGUCUGGGUCCCAGCUAUGGCAAAAAGGUUACCUGGAUCGGUGCCAAUGGCGACCAGACCUUCAUCAAGAUUGACGAGUCACUAAUUACCGCCCAAAUGCUGCCCAAGAUGCAUGUGGUGGCCAACAAAAAGACCAUACUGUUAAUUCCCAGCAUUCCGCUGUCGUUUCACACGCUAUCCAUAAAUCGCAGCGACGGCAGCUGCACGCCACAUUAUCGAGGCCAAACGAAAUUUGCACAGUUGCUGCAGACACAGCAGCCACAUGGUCUGCCGGAGAUCAAUCGUAACGUGGAUGUUGCGACACCGGUGGUAGACCAGCAACCGCUGGCCAGCGCCACAACGGCCGGUGUGCCAAUCAAUGAGCAAAUGUCGCGCAGCAUGCACGAGGCGCGUAAUCACAUCUUCGAGGAGCAGGUGGAGACGGCACAGCCAGCAUCGCUGACAGCAUCGCCACGAUUGCAGCGGCGAGUGCGAACGCGCCAAGAGGCGGUCGCCGCAUGCCCAGCAUCGCCGGACAAGCAGCAGCAGCAACAGCCGCCGCCACCACAAAUUGCCUUUGCCAUGGACCCCAGCUAUAAUGUCCUGUGGGUCUUCGAUGGCGUCGCCCGCAGGCUGCGCUGUUACAAUGUGGUCGCCAGCGAAAUAGCCGAAAGCAAUAUGAACGCUGCCAAUUACCGAGCGCUGCUGUCGCCGGAACUAUCGCUGCCCAGCAAAGCGGAGGCGCGCGUGUCGCGUUCGCAGGCAUCGCUGAAUCUGCUUGCCUGUUUGGAUAUACUGACAUCGGCACAGGAUAAUAUACCGGGCUGCUUUGAGCAGACGCUGACGCAGCAGCCGCACCAGGCGGCCGAGGCACAGAGCGGUGAAUAUCAGGUUGUGAAUCGCUUCGAUAACUUCGGCGGCGGCUGGGGCUAUUCCGGGCACAGUGUGGAGGCGGUGCGCUUCUCGGCGGACACGGACAUUGUGAUCUGCGGCUUUGGCAUGUUUGGCGGACGUGGCGAGUACAGCUGCAAGCUGAAACUAUUCGAUCUGGGCGUCGAUGGCGGCGGCUACGAAAAGGAGGGUGUCCUCAUCAGCGAGACAAAGGAGGUGCCAUAUGAGUGUGCCGCACGCAGCAAGCAUCACAUUCAGCUGCCGAAGCCGAUUAAUGCGACGGCGGGUCGCUGGUUUCUGGUUUGGGCACGCAUCGCUGGCCCCUCCUCUGAUUGUGGAUCGUGCGGCCAGGCAUCGGUGACCACCGAGGAUCAAGUGGUCUUCUCAUUCAAGUCCAGCAAGAAGGCGAACAACGGCACCGAUGUGAACUCUGGCCAAAUACCGGCGAUACUGUAUCGCCUGGUCACACAGGACUGCAAGCAGCCGCCGUUGCCCCUCGACGCCGAUCCCGUUCAGCGCAUCUCGCGCGCCUUUGCCAACAGCGUGAGCCGCGAGUGCUUCGAGAGUCUGGUGGUGCUGCUCAGCUGGUCGUGGGACUGUUUCAAGACGCAGCUGCGCGAGCAACGCGAUCGCACCAGGCCGCUGCAACUGCAACAGACACUCCAGUAUCUGGGCUAUGUCAACAAAUCGUGCCUGCGCCUGCUGCGCAAAUACACCAACGAGAUCUAUCCGCAGCGCUCGAGUCAACCGUCAGCUGCUACGGGUGGCUCAAUUGGAAGUGGUGCGAUUGCCGCCGCCCUCUCAAAACUCCAACAAAAGCCAAAUAACAAGGGUAAUACACCAGCAAAGCAUGCUGCUGCUGCAAUCAUAAUCUCUAAUCCAUUGCGCCUCCUUACAGAAAAGACACCGAGUCGCAUGCUGAGCAAUGCCACCGCAGCGCUGCCCAGUUCGCUGUCCGCUGUCGGCUCGGGAACGCCGCUGGCACGCAAAACCAAUCUGGAGAACAUUCAGUUGGCCGAGUGCAUUGGAAAUGUGCGUGCCCUUCUCAUUGGCAUCUUUUGCGAUGACAUCUUCAAGGACAUUGCCACCGAAGAGGGGUACGCCUUGGUGCUGGAAAUCCUAGACGAGUGCCAUUUGAGCUUUGUAGCAUGCUUCGAUGCAUUCUAUCCGACAUCGUCACUCAAAUGGAACUGCCUUUGCGAUCUGCUGGCCCAAAUGGAUCGUGGCGCUUUACAUUCCCGCCUGCUGAGCGCAAUUCUUGCCGGUCUCUGCUCGCCCAGUGUCAAGUUGCGUGCGACAUUUUCGUUGCUGAAUGUGGCCGGCAAUGAGCGCCAGUCGAUAAUCAGUCCGAGCGAUAAUUCGGGUCUGCCGAUGCUAUCGUCAACGGAGGCGCAUCAGUAUCCCAUAUUGGUGGAACAGAUGAUCUAUCGCACGCAGCAGGAGAAGAGUGACUUUCUCAGCAAUUCAUGGACGUUUAAGGAUGUGCUGGUGCGACUGCUGGAUAUCAUUGCUAGUCCGAUUAGGGCGCGCAUUGAGGUCAUUUAUAGCCGUUGCCUGGGUGGCACCUAUGCGUUGAAGGAGUGCAUCAAUCAGGGACUUAUCGACAACUGUUGCCAUCUGCUGGCUCGCGUCCUGGCCGAAAUUGUCUACCAGACGGCACUCGGCGAAUACGAUAAACUGUUUUUGCCGCCACGCACGCUGCACUCAACGAGUUCACGCUUUGCUCGAUGCGAUUUGAGUCGCACCUGGAAUACGGGAAACUUUGGACCGGAUGCCAUUGCCUUCUCUGUGGAUCGACCUGGUAUUGCCAUAGCUGGCGCCAUGGUCUAUUCCGGUUCGGGCAGCUAUGACUAUCAGCUCGAGCUGCUCUAUGACAACACUGUUGAUCUGCAGCCGCAGCACAAAUGGGAGACAUUGGAGUCCAUCUCUGGCAGCUAUGAUCCAGAGGCUGUGCACAACGAUCUCGCCGAGAUUAAGUUCGAGCAUCCGGUACACAUUAAGGAGCAUGCACGCUACGCUCUGCGCCUGUGCUCCCAGGGUGCACGCACCUGUUCCGGUGAUUCGGGCAUGCCCACAGUGCGUGGUCCCUGCGGCACCAGCUUUCAUUUCUAUGCCUGCGAUUUGAGUUUUAAUGGCACAACGCCCGCACGCGGUCAACUGCCCAGCGUUCUAUAUUACAGCACGCCUAUCAAGCAGCAGCAGCUGCAUCAGCAACAACAACAACAACAGCAGCAGCAGCAACAUCAACAUCAGCAACAACAGCAUCAAUUGGAGACAGCCACGUGCUCAGCAGAUGCUGCACAUGCUCUGACCAGUAACAGCAACGAGGUCUCAACACGCGAUACGGCGCUGCAAAUUGCGGCGGAUAUAACGAAAAAAUGCACGGAAUUGCUUAUUCUGGCACGGAAUGCAAUGGCUGCAUCGUGUUCGCCCACAGACAACUCGUCGUCGAAUCACACACAGACCAUCGACUCGGAGCACAAUAUAACGCCCAUCGAGGAGCAUAUGGAUAUUAAUUGGGCGAAUAAUUCGCGGACCGCUGCGCUGCCCGUUGAUCCGCAGCUGUCGACAACUGCAAGGGAUUUGGGUAAACGCAUUGAGUCCUUCUCCAAGGGCAUUAUGGAGACACUUAAAUUCGAUAAGCGCUCAACGAAUCCAUUCGAAAUGGAAAUCGAAAUUGGUGCCACUGAAAUUGGUGUUGAGGAAACAGCCGAACUGAAUUUCUCCAACGUACAAUUGGCCGCCGCCAAGCUGAAUGGUAACGAGCGGGCUGAGUAUGAGCUGCAACAGCAGCAGCAACAACAACAGCAACAGCAGCUGCUCCAUUCCGACUCGGAGGAGGCACAUGUUGUUGGUUGCGGUGCCGGUGGCGGCGGCGGCGGUGGUGUUGCUGCCCUGCAACUGCUGGAGGUCUUCAAUUUGGCUGCAUCGAAUAUGUUUCACACACUGUUGCCGCUAGUCUAUGCGCACAUUGCCAACUUGGCCUGCAGCGAUCCAAAGAGUUCCGUGCAAAUACUCGGCCUGAUCAAGGAGAUUCUGCCGCAUAUCGCUGCGCUCAAUCAGCUGCACGUCUCCAAGGAGCAGUUGCGUUCGGAGCCGAUACCUGUGCCGCCCACGCCAGCCAGUAGCACAACAAGCAAUCACUAUUGUGUGGUCGAAAGCGAGCAUCCGUAUCGCAGUGCCAGCAUCAGUUGCUAUCGCGUCGAGUUUCCGCCCUGUGUCCAAUGGCUAACCAUUGAGUUUGAUUCACAGUGCGGCACCGCUCAGCUCGAGGAUUAUCUGUUGCUUUCGAUACCACUGCGCACGUCUAACGCACCACAGCCGUGCCAGUCGGCAAAUACUGCGGCGGCGUCGGCAGCCUCUGGCGAGGAUUACUUUGAUAUGCUCGAUAACAAUAUAAUCGGACAACAUGCCCACAAUGCCCAGCUGUUCGUGACCAGCUGCAAUCGGCCGCCGGGCAACCCAUCACAAGCACAACUACGCACUCAGGAAACAGUGGAGCCCGAUUGGAUUGUGGUCAAGAAGUUUAAUACUGCGCAUUGGCUGCAGAACGUUCUCAUUUUGCCCGGAAAUUGCGUUGAGUUCUCGCUGGAAACCGCUUCGCUGUAUGCUCAGGAUCCGCAUAAUAAUCGCUAUGGCUUCAAGUGCCUGGUGGUGGGCUAUGACAAUCCCACAGCGAUCAAUGCAAGCAAUUCGUGUCUGAUUCGUUUGGAACAGGAACUGGCCUAUCUGGGCGGCAUGUGCAGUGCGAAUCUCAUGAAGAAGGAUCUCAAUUUACCAGAUGACAAGGACAUGGACGACUUAAGCGGCAUUGAGGACACAAUUAGCGCACAUCAUGCUCUGCUCUCGAAAGGCUUUGCACUUUCCGAGCCACAAUUGACGGUUCAUCAGGCAUUGGAAUCAUAUCUGCCCAUUGGUUCGCAGUCGAAUGAACGACAGUUUCUCAAGGAUUUCAUUAGCGGGGCACCGGGCUCAUCGGGAGCUCGCUUGGCCGCCUGGCUGCAGCCGGAGUCGCGACUCGAUCCCAAUAAAUGUGAGCUGAACACGAUAACGGAACCGUUGCGCUAUGGUUGGCCCACACAGGUGACUGUCACCAUACGGGAUCAGUAUGGCGAUGCUGUGCUGGUGCCGGAGCUAAAGGUGGAGAUCAAGGCGAUACCCACCGGCCCGGAUCGCAGUGGCGUUUCUCACGGUGGCGGCAAUCUAAAGAUGCGACGCACCUCGUAUGCGGAGGAGAGUGCUGGCAGCCAUACGACGUUCGGACAUGGUUUGGGCGCCCAGCUCGGUGGAAUGGCGCCGCCGCCACGUCUCAACUAUGAGGCGACCACCAAGGAGAAAAUGUGCUUCAAGGCGAUCACAUUCAUGAAGCCCUACACCAAUUAUUCGUUCGAGGAGCUGCGCUUCAGCAGUCCCAUCCAGACGCGAACGACGGAAACGCUUCACGCCCAGGACAUGGAGGAUGGCACAUUCAGUGUCCACUGGACGCCCAAUUCGGUGGGCAGCUAUUGUCUGGCCGUUACCAUCGAUGGCAUACCACUCGAGGAGGUCUAUCGCGUCGAGGUCAAAGAGGGCGUCCUACCGCCACCCACCCAACGCUCGAAUGCGGCACGUCGUCCGCAGGCGCCGAGCAAGUUGCGCCGCUUUCAGGCACGCCACAGUGCCGGACUGCGGAUACGCUCGCAUCCGACACUGCAAUCGGAGCAGGUGGGCGUUGUGCGGCUGGGCGGCAUCAUAACGUUCAUCGAUGAGAUCGAGAACGAUGACGGCAUCUGGCUGCGUCUGUCCACGGAAUCCAUACGCCAGCACUGCACCAUGGGCUGGUAUCCAACGGAAGCCUGGUGCCUGCAAUUCAAUCAGCAUCUCGCUCGCACUCUCCUCCAGCCGGUGACGGAAAAUGGUAGCAAGGCACGCGCCAAGGCAGCUGCUGCUGCUGCUGGUGCUGGUGUUGCUACUGGUGCUGGUGCCGGUGAACCGUUGGAUGCGGCGCCAUCAGCGACGAGUCCCUGCGGCAGUGCUGCCGACAGUCCCGCCACCAGUCCCGGUCCCAGCAGUCCCAGUAAAUACGUCAAAUCGCCCACAGAGCGCAAAAUCUUUGAGUUGCCCGCAGCAGGAGUAGCGGGACCAGGACCAGGAGCAGCAGCUGGAGCUGGAGCUGCAGCAGCAGCAGCAGGAGCAGUUUCAGCAACCGCAUCUGCAUCCACAAAUCCGUUUCUGCUGCCCAUUAAAUCCGUCGAAUUGCAACCAGAGGCGGAUAGUUCGCUGGCGUCCACCGCCGAAUUGUUGCCCGGCAAUUUGGGCUCGGCCAUUGCGGGCGUUGUGGGCGGCGGCGCCAUCAAAUUGCAGGCGUUGCAAAAGUGGUUCAAGGGCGAUGCCCUCGAUCCGGCCACCCAGCCAGCAGCAGCAGCAGGAGCAGCAGCAUCAGCAGCCGCCACGGCUCCAGCAACGGCCUCGCAGUCCGCCGCCUCGGUGUCUGUGCGUGAUUUGGUGCGCGUUAUGGGUGCCGUUCAGGAGCAAGCGUCGCCGCUGCCACGCGGCAAUGGCAACAGUCGCGAACAGGAAACGAGCAGUGCCGUCACUGCCGCCGUCGCCGCCGCCGCCGCCGAGUCCGACUUUGAUGUGGCCAGUCUGCGACGCAUGAAUUAUACGGCCAGUCAGACGGCAGCGUUGCUUUCAACACCAAAGCAUACGCCGCGACGCAAUGCUGCACUUGGCUGUGCACAGGAAUCAUCGUUGCCAGCGCCGCCGGCAUCGUCGCAGCUGGCACAGUUGGAGGAUGAUCUCAGUAUGCUGCAGAUAAUAACGACAACGACAACGACCACAACAGCAGCCGGCAGCGAAACGCAAAGUGAACUGCAAAUUGGCGUUAGUUUGGCCGGCAGCAGUUCGGCAGCAACGGGGGCGUCAACUGGUGGCGCCGCAUCGAAACGGAGCAGCAGCAGCAGCACAAUGAUGGGUCCCAUAAAGCGAGCGAUGCCGCCAUCGUUUGCGGAGAGCAUACGUGCCGUAUUUGCAGCGCUCCUCUGGCAUGAGGGUGUCGUACACGAUGCGAUGGCCUGUGCCAGUUUCCUCAAGUUUCAUCCCGGGUUGCCCAAGGAGGGCGCCACUGUGAUGACACGACGCGAUGCAAACGAUGCCAGCCGAUUGCAGCUGUCCCGCGAACAAAAGGCACAACAGCGCCAUUCCGUUGAGGUGGCCAAUGCCGGUCACUAUCUCAAUAUACGUCCAUCGACGCUGGAAACGCUCACCAAGAGCGGCAACAGCUCGCUGCACAAUCGCAGCAAGCAUCGUAAGAAUGCACCACACACUGCUGCUGCUGCUGGCGAGGAUCAAUCGCAGCAACAGCAGCAGCAGCAGCAGCAAAAGCUUCACGCGUUGCCGGAGCUGGUUAGCGUGUUGCCGCCGGCGUUGCGCUGUUUGGUUUAUCUGUGGGAGCAAAUCUGUGCCGGCUGCGUUCACAUUGUCCAAUCGAAUGCUCUCGAGCAUCGGGAGCAGCGUCUGUUGUCGCCAGGUGGUCGUGACGCCAACGGUGAUCUCGAUGGCAAGGAGUGCAAGUCUGGUGAACUUGGUGCGGACACCAAGGAUCCCAGCAAGAAGUGCAAGCGCAAGAAAAAGGAUGACGGCAGCUGGUGCGAAAUCUGUGAACUCUUUCUGCCCAUGCCCGUCACAUAUCACAUGCGAAUCGCCCAUCCCGGCUGCGGCAAGUCCGCCAAGGGCAAGGGCUACAACUCGGUGGGCAUCUUCUGCGAGGGCUGGGCCGGCAAUUGCGGUGAGGGCGGCAAGGGCGCCUCCAGCUGGUUCCUCAUGUGCGACGCCUGUCGCGACAAGUAUCUCGCCAGCAGUCGCAGUGCCAACAAUAUUAACAGCGUCGCUCAACAAGCCGCCAAUGCAGCAGCGGAAAUGAACCUGUUUGGUGUGAAGACGACAACGCUGAUAGCCAACUCGGAGGUCUAUACGACCAUGCGAGAGAAUGCGACCUUUUUGCUGGAGCUGUGCUCCUCCUCAUCCACGUCGGCGAGCAGCCUGCAGUCCGCUGGCAACAUUGGCAGCCAGAAGCGAUCGCCGCAACAGCAACAGCACCAGGUAUCGAUGGCGAUGCCGGUGGUUAUCGAGCAUCAGCAUUUGGGCAUGCAAGAUCUCAAUUUGAGCAGCAAGCCGAGCACCAGUCGGGCAGAGUCUGCCCGGAGCAGUCGCAUUGGUCGUCUAAGCGGCAAGUUUACGCCCUUUCGCAAGAGCUUUGUGGGCGUGCCGCCGGCAACGCCAGAUAACGUUUGGCUGGCGCCCGACAGCUUCGCCUGCCUCGAGUGCCUCGGCACCGCCGCCCACGAGGAUCUGCCCUACGAGAUGCUCGGCCUGGGCGCCAAUGCCAACGAGAAUGGAUUCGAUCGGCCGCUUUCGGAGAUCUCGUACGAGUCAUGUGAUCCGAACAACUAUGAAAUGAUGUCCGGAUCGGUGGCGAAUGCGCCAACUGUCACUGGCGGCACACUGUCCAAGUUCCAUCGCAGCUACUCCAUGGGCCAAGGCUGGGCAGCUGUGGCACAACAACAACAUCAACACCAACAACAACAACAACAGCAGCAGCAGCAACAACAGCAACACCAAACAACGGCAACUGGUGCAUCAGCGGUAGUUGUGUUGCCAUUGGAGGCACAGCCGAAAGUUGUCUAUCGGAGACGGAACAAUUCGACCAGCGAAGGCGAUGGCUCCUUGCUCAUUUGCUAUCCGUCGGAGCAUCUGCGACGCCUGGUGCCACAGAAGCUGCUCGCCAGCGUUGCCGUGCUGCAUGCCACCAACACAACUAAUGCAAAUGAGCCGCAGUCCAAAUCAGCAGCCGCAGCCGCAGCCGCUGGCACUGAUUCCAACAAGGAGCAGUCAGCUAUUAGCGGAAGUCCCGUACCGGAUCCGAAUAGCGCACUGCUCACCCGACCGGCGAUGGCGUUCAUCACGCAGAAGCACGAGCUGGAACGAUUGCGUGGUGCAAUGCGUCGCAGCCUGCGGAUUGCCACCUGCCGCAUCUAUGCACUGCAGGCGCUCAACUGGCUGCUGCGCAGCGUCACCCAAGGCAUUUGUCUGCACGAUCUGAUGUGGUGGUUUGUCAGCUCAUUGGCGCAGGGCAGCGCCGAGUUGAUCGAUGGCAAAUAUGAGGAUGCCGGCGAACCGGCGCUGGAACAUCCGGUGGCCUAUACACAGAUCAGUGGACGUUUCGCCCAUUUGAUUACCCAGUCGCUGCAUGUGUUGCUGCAGUCGGUCGCUGAUUUGACGUUGCACUUGCCGCUCGGUUCGCCGCUGCAGCGUGUGGCCAUUCAGUGCUUUGGCAUUCGAUUCCGUCAGGCGGACCAUCAAUUUCUGCAUAGCUCGCAUGUCUUUGGCAACAUCUCCAAGAUAUUGUCCAAGUCGGAUGAGCAAAAUGAUGCCAUGGCCGUCUCAACAAUGCUGGCUGCCGCCGCCGCUGGCGAGACCCAUUGCGAUGCCGAGCACAAUAUAGCAACUGCCAGCAAUCAGCAUCAAAUUGCCGCAGGCAGCAGCGCACCUGGUGGCAAGGUCAUCUCCUACACGGAUCUAGCCGGCAUGUUCGAGGUAACCGUCUCAUCACGACCCGCCAUGGCCGAAUCUCUCACGGACAACUCAACGGAGACAUUCUGGGAGAGCGACGAGGAGGAUCGCAACAAGUGCAAGAUCAUUGAGCUGUCCAUGAGCAAGCUGACCUAUGCCUGCAAAUUUGUGCUCGUUCACAUCGACAAUAGCCGCGACAUUCAGAACAAGGUGCUGAAUGUGGUGUUCUAUGCGGGCCAAUCCCUGGGCGACACGAAUCUAAUCAAAUCUGUGGAUGUGGAUCCCAAGGCGUGCAUUUGGAUUGCAGCCAAAAUCAGCGACGAGAGCUGCACGCACUUUCGCCUCGAAAUGCACGGACCGGAGAAUACGCUGCGUGUGCGUCAAAUCAAACUGCUUGGACUGCCAAGCUAUCAGCAGGGCAUCGGCAUUGGCAUCGGCAUCGGUAUCGGUAUUGGCAAUGAGGAGCAACAGCAUGCUGAGCAUCAACGUUCCAAUUUGCGUCUGGCGCAUGCCGCACGCAUCCAACAGCAAAUCUGCGAGGCGGAAACGUUGCGCGUCUUUCGUCUGAUCACCGGACAGGUCUUUGGCAAGCUCAUCAGCAAUGUGAGCGAUACUGUCGCAUCAACGGGCGCACCUGGCUCUGGAUCUGCAUCACAGGAUGCGGCCAAUUCGAUGUUAGCCGAUUCGCUGGAUCUGCGCGAGCACAUGGUCGGCAUUUUGUUCUCACGCAGCAAAUUGUCGCAUCUGCAGAAGCAGGUGAUUGUCCACAUUGUGCACGCUAUCAAGAAGGAGGCGCAGCGCGCCAAAGAGGAGUGGGAACUAGCCAAUCUGACGCAUGUGCUCAAGCAUCAAGCAUCACCGCCCGCAUCAACAGCAGCAACAACAGCGACGACAACAGCGUCGGUUGUCAUCCCAACAACAUCGACGACAACGGCGACGGUUGCCACGUCCGGCGAGAGUAGCUCGGAACGCAAUCGUGCACCGGACACCUAUUGCUUUGAGAUGCUCAGCAUGGUGCUGGCGCUGUCGGGCAGCGUUGUUGGUCGUUCCUAUCUGUCGCAGCAGCAUGGCCUGCUGCGGGAUCUGCUCGGACUGCUGCAUACGGGUAGCGAUCGUGUUCAGCGUCAGGUGACGGCACUGUUGCGUCGCAUUCUACCCGAAAUCACGCCGGAGAGCUUUGCCGACUUGUUGGGCGUACAACGGCUGCCGCCAGCCGAUUACAGCAUUGCACAUCAGAGCGCCAGUGACUUUGAUAUGAGUCGAUUGGGACUGUUGGACAUCUUUCUGGCCGUCAUUGCCAAGUCGCUGCAGUUGCAGGUCAAGGUAAAGACAAACACGGCGAAUACAGCCACCGGAAGUGGCGGGGCCAAGUCCGGACAGGUGGAGAAAACACCCGCCUUUGUUCGACUCUGCAGCUCGCUGGAUUUGUCCGUGCAGCUGCUGCGAUCGCGGCCGAUGACAACGGAGCAUGGAUCGGCAGCGAUUAUAGGGAAUGAUCCCUUUCGCUUUGACCCAGUGCCCCCGAAGAAGGAGACGACCAAACGGAAUCUGAACCAGCGCUGGUUCCUCAACGGGCUUAUCUCCACCAAACAGGCAGAGAGCAUCAUUGGUCUCAUACGGGAUCUGGCAAGCGGCAAGCUGAGUGACAAGUGGUCACAGAUCACCAAGGCUGCUAUCGCUGAAUCUGUGCUGAAUCUGACACGACUCGAGGAGAUCUAUCGCACGCCGGAGCAUUGUACAAAGACGGCGACACUCUGGUUGGCGCUGGCUAGUCUCUGUGUGCUGGAACGGGAUCAUGUUGAGAAGCUCUCCUCUGGGCAAUGGUCGAAACUCUGCGACACACGACCCAUGUGCACCAAUCAUGACGAUGGCGAAACAGCGGCCAUCAUUCAAUGCGAGACAUGCGGUUCACUCUGUGGCGAUUGCGAUCGCUUUUUGCAUCUCAAUCGCAAGACGCGCUCACACAAGCGUACGGUGUGCAAGGAAGAGGAGGAGGCCAUACGUGUGGAGUUGCACGAGUCCUGCGGACGCACUAAACUCUUUUGGCUUCUUGCCUUGGCCGAUUCGAAGACGCUGAAGGCCAUGGUGGAGUUUCGCGAUGGCAGCCACACUAUUAUUUCGGGACCACAGGAGGCUGUAGGCCGCUGUCGCUUUUGUGGCCUCACCGGCAACUCGGGCCUGCUGGAGAUUGGAAAUGUGUGCGCCGAUGCACAGUGCCAAGAGUAUGCCUCCAACUCGUGCCUCAAAACAAAGCCCUGCGGCCAUGCCUGCGGCGGUGUCACCGGCGAGCGCAAAUGUCUGCCGUGUCUGCAACAUGUCUGUCAUGUGCGCGAGAACGAGCUGGCCGAGGAGCUGCGCGAUCCGAAGCUCACCCAGGAUGCCGACGACAUGUGCAUGAUCUGUUUCGUAGAGGCUGUUUCCUGUGCCCCAGCCAUACACCUGGAGUGCGGUCAUGUGUUUCAUUAUCACUGCUGCAAGGCGGUGCUGGAGAAACGCUGGAGCGGACCGCGCAUCACCUUCGGCUUCUCGCUGUGCCCCAUUUGCAAGGCAGACAUACAGCAUCCGCUGCUGGCCGAAAUACUGGAACCCAUCAAUGGACUCAAGCAAGAUGUCAAACGCAAAGCGCUCAUGCGUAUCAAGUAUGAGGGCGUGGUCAAGGACACUGAUAGUAGCAAGGAUGUCACACAGCUGGCGAUGGAUCGCUAUGCGUAUUAUGUGUGCUUCAAAUGCCAGAAGGCCUACUAUGGCGGCGAGGCGCGCUGCGAUGCGGAAAUUGGUGAAAAGUUUGAUCCCGAGGAGCUCGUCUGCGGCGGAUGUUCGGAUGUGGCGCGCGCCCAGAUGUGCCCCAAGCAUGGUACCGAUUUCCUCGAGUACAAAUGCCGUUACUGCUGCUCGGUGGCAGUAUUUUUUUGCUUUGGCACCACGCACUUUUGUGACACGUGCCACGAUGAUUUUCAACGGCUGACGAACAUACCGAAGACAAAGCUGCCCCAAUGCCCCGCCGGACCGAAGGCCAAGCAACUGCUGGGCGACGAGUGUCCGCUGCACGUAAUGCAUCCGCCCACCGGUGAGGAGUUCGCUUUGGGCUGUGGCGUCUGUCGCAAUGCCCAAACCUUUUAGCAACAGUUGGAAGUGAAACUACCGAUCGAGGAUCGAGAAUCGCCAACGGAACUGCAGUCGGCAACCGGUGAUGUGGAGGCGGCGCAGCGCAGCGUCGGGGAUGGUGCCGAGUGGCAGCCGAACGACCCGUAGACCCAUUUGCAUAUAUAUAUAUAUUUAUAUG